AUCAGCUGUGUCCAAUCACAGCUGAUUGCGAGCUGUCAUGCUGUCAGCCAGUAAUCAGCAUUACUCAGAGGGGACAUGUACACUGACAGUGUCCAUCAAUACCACCUGCCAGUGCCCAUCAGUGCCACAUCAAUGCCACAUAUCAGUGGCUACCAGUGCACAUCCAGUGUCACCUGUCAGUGCCACCUAUCAGUGCUGCCAAUCAGUGCCGCCUAUCAGUGCCAGACAGUGCCUCCUAUCAGUGCCAGUCAGUGCCAUCUAUCAGUGCGCAUCAGUGCCGCCUAUC